AUGGCAUUGAUACUGUCAAACCGAUUUGAUUUUAGACAGACAUAUUUCCUCUUCGCGGGAAUUGCGGGCGCCAAUCCGCACCACGCCACUAUCGGCAGCGUUGCCAUUGCUCGUUACGCAGUUCAAGUUGCACUUCAGUAUGAAAUAGACCCCCGAUCACUGCCACAAGAUUGGCCAACUGGUUACAUCUCCUACGGGCGUGAUUAUCCACUUCAGUAUCCUUCAGUAAUAUAUGGGACAGAAGUUUUUGAAGUCAAUGACAACCUACGUCAGGCAGCAUUUGCACUGGCAUCCAAGUCCAGACUCAGUGACCAGAACGGCCCAAGAGAAUAUCGGUCAAAAUACUCUGGCGGCGGAUAUCGGGAUGCCGUGGCUACAAGAGCACCAAGUGUUGUCAGAUGUGACAUUGCAACGAGUGAUGUGUACUACUCUGGCACGAAGCUUGCAGUAGCUUUUGAAAACACGACAGAACUUUGGACGAAUGGAUCAGGCAUAUACUGCAUGAGCGCUCAAGAAGAGAACGCGACUCUCGAAGUAAUGGUUAGAGCCGCCAUUGAGGGCGUGGUUGACUUUGCACGUAUCAUACUUCUCAGAUCAGGCUCAAACUUCGAUCGACCACCGCCCGGGCUGUCGGAUUGGGAGCAUCUAAGGCGGACAGAUCAGAACGGUUUCUUGCUUUCCAUCGAGAACUUAUACAAUGCCGGAAUAGAAAUUGUUCGUGGCAUCGUUUCCGACUGGAAUUGCACGUACGAGCGCGGAAUAGAACCGAAAAAUUAUAUCGGGGACAUCUUCGGUAGUUUAGGAGGUAAUCCGGACUUUGGAUUUGGGAGUAUCACGGCAGGUAAGAAAGUCAAAUCGAGGGGUCAAGAUGCGGAUUUGGCUUUCCUAGAGAUGGAACGACGAGAGAGAUUUGGUCUCAGGGCUGUACUAAAGUGA